AUGUCGCGCCCGGGCACGAGUCUCAGCAUAGCCCAGCAGCUGAGAAAGACAACCCAGCUGGGCCUGGAAGAAGCAGCCCGGAGCCUUGACAAGAAACAUGUAGGAAACAACUACACCUCUAAGGUCAAAAUCGGCCAGAAGUACAACAUAAUCGGUUUCAUUAGCAGUGGCACGUACGGGCGAGUCUACAAGGCCGUGGAGAAGAACCCCCGAAGUGACCCAUCCAGCCCGGUGGGAUCAGCCGCGCCAAAGGAGUUAUAUGCUAUCAAGAAAUUCAAACCCGAGAAGGAGGGCGACAAUGUCCAGUAUACGGGACUGUCGCAGUCGGCGAUCCGAGAAAUGUCCUUAUGCACAGAGUUGUCACAUCCCAAUCUUGUCCAUCUGGCGGAAAUUGUCCUUGAAGAUAAGUGUGUCUUCAUGGUCUUCGAAUACUGUGAGCACGACUUACUACAAAUCAUCCACCAUCACACCCAACCAACACGGCGGCCAAUUCCUGCGACCAUGAUCAAGUCCAUCUUAUUCCAACUCCUGAAUGGCCUUUACUAUCUCCAUCAAAACUGGGUUAUUCAUCGUGACCUGAAGCCUGCCAAUAUCAUGGUGACCAGCUCGGGUCAUGUACGCAUCGGAGACCUCGGUCUGGCUCGUUUAUUUCACAAACCGCUAUCAUCUCUGUACUCGGGUGAUAAAGUCGUGGUUACUAUCUGGUACCGAAGUCCUGAUUUGCUGUUGGGUGCCCGUCACUAUACGCCAGCCAUUGACAUGUGGGCCGUUGGCUGCAUCUUCGCAGAGUUGCUGAGCCUGAGGCCCAUUUUCAAGGGAGAAGAAACCAAAAUGGACAGCAAAAAGACUGUGCCGUUCCAGAGAAACCAGAUGGGCAAAAUCGUCGAGAUCCUUGGUCUACCGAGACGUGAGAACUGGAAGGGUCUGGCAGAUAUGCCUGAGUACCCACAGUUGCAAUCGUUGGUCGUUUCUCGGAGCGGCAUGCCAGGAGGACUUUACCCGAAUCCGCCGACCAGCAUGAACCGCGGCGGGUCUGGUGGAGGCGCAAACAAUGGCAGCGGUCUGGAGACGUGGUACAACAACUGUCUUCGGCAUGCUAGCUAUCCUCCAGACAAGUCCCCCGGUCAACGUGGGUUUCAGCUCCUGUCUGAGCUUUUUGAGUACGACCCAGAUAAACGACUGACGGCCGAACGAGCAUUGCAUCAUGAAUAUUUCAGGAACACGGAUGAAGGCCCUCACAAGGGCGAAAUCUGGGUGAGCAACAACUGCUUCGAGGGACUGGACGAAGUGUACCCGCAUCGGAGAGUGAGCACGGAAACAAAUGACAUUGGGACUGGGAGCUUGCCAGGCACGAAGAGAGGAGGGUUACCAGAUGACUCUCUUCUCCCUGCCGCGAAAAGGAGAUAG